AUGGCCUUGAAAAAGCUCUUGCCCCUCAUUCUGGCAGCAAACGCUGGCGCUGCCGUUGCCUCGAACUUCUCCUCCCCAGCAGCAGCCUGCCAGUUCUUCAGCCAAAACUACCCCAACAUUACGUCCUAUCCAAACCAAACCGCAUACGUCGACAUCAACGGGGAUUACUGGUCCGCUGCAGCGUCCCUCGGCCCGGCCUGCGUUUUCUCCCCCAGCUCUGCCGAGCUCAUGGGCGUGGCGGUCAAGACACUUGUCAGGUUUAAUGCUCCGUUCGCAAUCAAAGGAGGCGGGCACAUGGCAAUCGUGGGCGCGGCCAACAUCGAUUCGUCCGGCGUGCUCCUGUCCAGCUCGAACCUGAAUCAGCUCGAGCUGUCCGAAGACAAGUCCAGCGUUGCCGUUGGCCCUGGAAACAAAUGGGGCGACGUGUUCGAUUAUCUCGAGCCGUACGGGCUGGCGGUCGUGGGAGGUCGGAUGAGCAUUGUCGGCGUGCCCGGCUUGCUGUUGGGCGGUGGCAUUUCCAACUUCGGCAACGAGCACGGCUGGGCAUCGUCUAACAUUGACGCUUACACCUGCGUCCUUGGUAACGGCGACGUCGUCGUAGCCAACGCGACCAAUGACCACGCCGACCUUUUCUGGGCGCUGCGUGGAGGUGGCAACUCGUUCUGCCUGGUCACCAACUUCCAAAUGCGCACCCUCGACGUCCCCGUCAUGGCUGCCGGCCAGCGCGCCUACGGCUCCGGCGACGCCGUCGGCCAAGCUUUCCUCGACAGCGUGUAUGAGAUGGCGGUCAACCCGAGUCCUGAUGUCAAAGGCGCCGUGACGCCCAUCGCCCGGGCCGGGGACGCCAUCAACGGCACGACGUACAACGCCAUGCUUUUCUACAAUGGCAACGACACCACCCCGGACUUCUUUGCCAACUUCUCCGCCCCCGUCCUGACACCCGAGCAAGACACCGUCGACGUGAUGUCCGGUAUGGGCGCCGCCAGCGAGGCGAUGAGCGAAGGGACGGACUCGGUACUGGGCAUGCGCGAGGGCUGGUGGGUCGUGUCCAUCCUCGCCGACCGCGAGGCGAUGCAGAUCAUCCACGACACCUACUUCGCCAUGGCCACCGAGUACUUUGCGGACGUCGAGGGCUGGAUAACCGGUCUGGCGUACAACAUCAUCUCCAAGGAGUUCAUCCUCGGCGGCAUCACCGACGGCGGUGACCCCAUGGGCCUCGACCCCAACGCCGCGCCUUACCUCUGGGUUGAAGAGAGCAUCACCUGGACGCACGCUGAGGACGACGACACGGUCCAGGCCUUCUACGAGGCUGUCAACAAGAACAUCACGACUCAGCUCGAGCCGCUGGGGGUUCUGCACGACUUCUUGUACAUGAACGAUGUCAACAAGGCUCAGGACGUGUUUGCUGGCUACCCGAAGAGCAGCGUUGAGCUGCUGAAGCUGAUCAGAGACAAGUACGAUCCGGAUAUGGUCUUUACCGAGCAGAUGCCGGGUGGGUUCAAGGUGGCGAACGCCUAG